GGCGCUGGAAGUUUGUUCGCGGCCGCGGCUGCCGUGUCCGCAACGGGCUAGCGGUCUCAGCAUUGCAUCGCAUCCGAACACAAGCUGCAAGGUCAUGGAAAGCCGAGUUAUUUCACCCGGCCCUUACAGGGCUACGAAGCUGGCUGAACAUCUUCGAUUGGAACAGCCUAGUGAAAAUCGCGUUUUAAACCCGCCCCCCUCUAAACGGCGCCAAAAUCGCGCACACCCGCAGCGCCAGAUUUUCAGCGACACUUCAGUGGAAUGAAUUGAUCAAGCUUUUUAGGGCUGGAAUGCCUCUGAGGAAACAUAGUGUGCGCUUGAAAAAAUACAAUCAAUGUUUUACUGCUUCAGCGGCAGUUGACUGGUUGCAUGAACUGUUGAAAAAUAACAGCAACUUUGGGCCAGAUGUCACCAGACAACAGACUCUGCAAUUGUUGAGCAAGUUUUUGAAGAACCAUGUGAUUGAGGAUGUGAAAGGAAGAUCGGGAGGGGAGAAUAUGGAUGAUAACAGUCAGUUAUAUAGAUUCCCAAUUAUAUCACCAUUGAAAGUUGUUCCUAGCCAUCGUCCAUUUUACCAAAAAAAUACAACGGGAAUGAACAACAAGAAAAAUGACUUUUGUACAUUAUCCAAGACUAAUCCCAAGGAGGUUAGAAGUCCUCAGGUAAAUACCGCGGAAUUGGAUCAGGAGGUUCCAAUGGUCACUUCUGAUGAACACUUGAUGCAUGUCAGACCAGUAACUCAAAGUGACAUUGAAGAAGCUUGGAGAGAAGUUGUUCUUAAUCACCUGCAGAAGAUAUUAGGCUUGGCUUCAUUGGAUGAUGUGUUGGAUUUCUCACAAGUCGUUGCUCAGAAUAUUGUAUGCAAUGUAUGUAACAUCAGCAAACACGGGGUUGUUAUAUUACCAGACAAAUCAGAAGAUCUACCUCAUUGGGUCCUGUCUGCUAUGAAGUGCCUAGCAAAUUGGCCCCGUCACAAUGACCUGAAUCAGGCAACUUACCCAGGUUUUGAGCGAGAUGUAUUUAAAACGGUUGCGGAUUAUUUUCUAAAUCUUCCAGAACCACUACUUACAUUUGAACAUUAUGAACUCUUUGUGAAUAUACUAGUUUUGUGUGGCUAUAUCAUGAUCUCCAAUAAACAACAAGGAAAGCGCAAGAUCUUGGAUGAACUUGGCUGUCCACAGCCAGCAAAAUCACAGUACCUGAACAGCCAUAAAAACUCUUUCAAAUCAACAGAGUGUCUGUUACUCAGCUUAAUUCGCAAAGACAUUUCAGAAAAACCAACACAGCAACAGAAGGAAAUCGGUAUUACUGAGCAUAAACUAUUUCGAAAUGAGCAUUACCUUCAAAAAGGAUGUGCUAGACGUCUAAACCAACAUGCAAAAACCUAUAAGGAAACUGAUAUCGAGGACCAGCUAUUAGGAGGAAGCUGUCAAAACCUAUCUCAUUUAAAAAAUGAUCACAUACAACGCUGUCCAAUCAUGUCAAGACACUACUCAGUAGGGCACAUUGCAAGUGGAGAAAAACUACACCAGCCACUGAGCCAUGUUGACCUGAAUGUGGAAAGGCAACAAAAUAAUACUGAGCCGCAUCAUAAUCAGAGCAUCCAGACCCUCAUUAGUGGUAGACCUAAAUCAGAAUCAUUGUCAAAUCUUUAUCUGGAAAGUGCGAAACAACAAAUUUCCAAUUAUACGUCCAAGUGUAACUCGGUAUUGACUUUGGCUGAAUCCAGAAAUGAACCUUGGACUAAUUAUACAAAUCAAGAAUUGCUCAAUGGAAAAUCAACCAAUUCAAUCAACCAAAAAUCAGUUCAGGGACAUGAUCAACAGAAUCAAGAUUUGCAGUUUGGAAGAUUGCAUUUUAUGAAUGCUAAUUGUCACAAAUUAAAUACAGCAAGUAACUGUAAAAUAUCCAAAGAUGUGGGCAGCUGUUUUAAUAUAAAUGCUCCAAUUGCUGAAGUUACCAUGAAACCCUAUUGUUCGCCUCAGCUAGGAUUAAGACAACCAAACACAUUUAGUUUGGCUAACACAGAGGGAACAGAACAUCUAACUUCAGAUGGAGCUAUGUUUCAGUGUUACAAAUGUACUGUGGAUGGAUCUGAAAAUCACUCUUCAAAAGGUUGCCACUCAACCUCUGCACAAAGUUUACUGCAACCACAUCUGCAGCAGGUUGCUAUAGAAGCUCUUCAAGUAUGUUGCCUCCUUUUGCCUCCACCCAAUCGUAGAAAACUGCAACUACUUAUGCGCAUGAUAUCUCGUAUUAGUCAGAAUGGUGAUAUGCCACAGCUUCAUGAUGCAAUGGGAACAAGGAUGUUGAUGGUUCACACUUUUUCACAUUGUAUAUUACGUUCCAAGAAAGAUGAUGAUCUUAAUGAACUACUAGGUACACGGCUUGUUUCUUUUAUACUGGAUCACCAUCAAGAGAUUCUGCAAGUACCAUCUUACCUGCAGAAUGCUGUGGAAGAUCACAUCAAUCAUCUCCAAAAAGUUCAGAUUAGGUAUCCAUACACAGACAUAAAUUCUCCAGCCCCAAUGUAUACAUUCUGCCAACAGAUAAGCAGUAAAGAAUUUGAAGAGCAAAAGGUUACUGUAUCUGAGUUUGCCAUAACUGAGUUAUUGGAAAAUAUUGUGCAAGACAAGAUAUUAUCAGUUAAAGACAAGAAGAAAAAACUUAAACAAUUCCAAAAAGAAUAUCCGGAAAUCUAUCAAAAUCGCUUCCCCACCUAUGAGUGCGAGAACAAACUCUUCCAGGAUAAACCCAAGAUCAAGCCACCAUUGCUGAUUACAAUGAAGAAACAUCUUCAGAAAAAACAGAACCUCAGGAGUUGAAUAAAACAUCAGUUCAGAAUUUUAACAUUAUUUAAGUCUAUUUGCACAAUUUCUAAAUUCUGUGAGCCAACCAUAUGAAGAAGAUUUCUGUACAUAGAAAAAUCAGAUACAUUGAAAUUCUGGUCAUCGUAAAUAUCGAAGAUUUUCAGACUGUUUAAUUAUUAUUUUUUUAUUUAUGUUCCCCUAUAGAUGAACUACUAGGCAUAUCUAUUUAAAACAUUUAGGGUUUCCUCCUGCAAAAUAUUUAUUCUGCAGUGUUUCAGGAUUACUUUGAAAUAAAAAUUGUGUAUUUAAUGUAACACCAGUCCAUCAACAUAUGACAUGCCUUUUGCCUUGUAGACAACAAGUCAAUCAUACAGCACAGAAACAGGCCCUUCGGCGCAAUUUUUCUAUGCCGACUGAGAUGCCCUAUUAAAACAGGCUCUGCUUGUGUUUGGCUCAUAUCCUUUUAAACCUUUCCUAUUAAUUUACUGUUUAAAUAUCUGUUAAAGGUUUGUUCAACCUGCUUCAACUACCUCCUUUGACAGAUUGUUCCACAUACCCAUCACCCUUUGUGUUCCUAUUAAAUCUUUCCACCGUCACCUUAAACCUAUGUACCAAUGUCCUUUAGUUCUUGAUUCCCCUACCCUACUUGAUUCCCCUACUAAAAGAUUAUCUGAAUCUGCCCUGUCUAUUCCCCCUGUGAUCUUAGACACCUUCCUAAGAUCACCCAUCGUCCUUCUCCACUGCAAGGAAAUUCCUAGCCUGUCUGACCUCUCCCUGUAGGUCAGGCCCUCGAGCCUUGGUAACAUCCUCCUAAAUCUUCUCUGCACUCUUUCCAGCUUAUCAGCAUUCACUGAACAACGGUCAUGCUAUUCAUUAUGAAAGUUCUGACCUAGUUUGAGUUCCCAAAAUAUAAUACCUUGCAUAUAUCUGAAUUAACCAUUCCUCAACCCACUUGUCCAACUGAUCAAGAGCCUGCAGUAAUUUUUUAUAACCAUCUUCGCUAUCUAUGAUACCACCUCUUAUGUUAUCUGCAAACUUACUGAUCAUGCGUCCUACAUUUGCAUCUAAAUCGUUGGUAAGUCUGAUUAAAGCCUUGAUGAAACUGAAUGACAGAAAUGGGUAUUGUUAAAGUAUAUUACACAAUUUUUAAUGUUUUAAAUUUGAAAUGAAUAACCUACCAAAAGUUAUAAUUAUUUUUAUAUAUAUACCAUGAAGGAAAUGUUUGACUCAUUCUAGUUGUAAUAUUGUAGUCCUUAUAUAUAACUGAUCGAAUUUAAAUGAGGAUUCCUAAAGUUAAUUCAUUUUAUCCAUUUAAAAAAAGAAAUGUUUAGCCAACUUCCUGGUAGAUUUCCAUUACUGCCUCUCUUGAUUGUUUUUGUGUGCUUUUGUUGAGUUGAGCGGAUAGUUCUAGCUUAAUAGAUGCUUAAUCAGAUUUCUCAAAUUGGAAAUUGAAUUAUCUUCAAUAGUAAUGCUUUAACCUAGAAUUAUUGUGGUAAUUCUUUCAAAACCUUAGUUGCACACUAUGAUACAAAAUGUUCUAAAUUAAAGACAAGGACAACAAAAGUUGAAGACAUACUUGAGGCAUGUGUGUGCAGACAAAUGCCUGAGUAGCCAAACCCCCUAUUCCGCCUGGCAGUAGUAGGUAAAAUAGAGCAAUUUUCAUGCUGCUUCAUUUAUUCAGCUCGUGUGAUGUCACUUGUAACAUAUUGCAACCACUAUGCCAAUUUUCAAAACUUAGCUGAUGGUUGUUCACCUUGUUCUGUUUGAUAGGUACAUGUGCCUUGCAGUAAAUGUCACAACACACUAUCUCUUCCGUCCGAAAUGAGUUUAAAAACAGUGGAUUAAAUUUGUAGAUGCUGAAACGUAUGACACAGCAAGAUAUUAACACCUCAUAGAAGGUGACUGGAAAUAGAUUGGUUACCCAUGUUAUACGAAAUAAUUUCAAUCAUUCUGAAAACAAAUCCAUAUUUUCAUCCAUACACAACUUGAACGAAAUACAUUUGCAGGUCAUGGAGAGAUUGGCAAAAUGGGACUCAUUGGAUUCCUUUACAGGUAGGAAGUGGCCCAAUGAACUGGAUUCCCUCAUUCCGUGUUGUGCAUAAAGUGUUAACUAGUAAGUUUGUUUUAUUGAGUUAUCCAAACAGACAUUGGCCAUGCUCAUGUAUGUUUGGGUGCAGUCAAUUAUCUUGUAUACCAUCUUCCUAGAAAGGUGUAUUAUUAUAAAAUCUUAAUGCAGAAAAGGGCCAUUCAACUCAUUACCAUAUACCAUCUCAUUUUUUAAAUGACAUUGUUUAGCAUUGCAAAUUGUUUUUUUUCCUGUAAUCCUACAUGUAUGUCUGAUGGUCUUUUCAAAAGUAAUGAGGGAAUUGGAUUCCACCACCUUUCAGGAAGUAUUUUCUGUGUCUUUUCUAGGUCUAUUGGAAAUAAAUUUAAAUUUCCCCCCUGGCUCUUGGUAGUUACUAUUAAAGGCACUCAUUGUGUGGGUGGAUGUCUGUCCUGCUGUGCUACAUCGCAGUGAGAGGAUGUGCAUGGAGCGGCUUGAUCUUGGCUGACAUCUAAGGUCAGCCAAUUUAGUAAUGUGCUGAUGUAGUGGGCUGGUCAAAGUCUGGCAUCUCUUUAUUUUAAAAUUCAGGACUUUCAUUUAGGAUAAUUUGGUAAUUAGCGCACACCAUAAUUUGGUCAGCUCACACCACUUCCCCGAACGCGUAGGCCCUCCACAACGGAAUGACAUGAACAGCACCAUUAAUCAGUUGGUUGUUAUACCCGGUGAAACAUUAUUUGAUGAGCCAUUUGGUGCACAACUUUAAUAAACAAGAAUAACUGAAGUCAAUAACGGGUGAAGGAAGACCCGGUGGCGCGCCCGAGGCCACGCGUGGUGGCAGGCCUGGUUCGCUGCCACGAAGAAGGGCCCAGCGGGUGGCAGCCAUGGGGGAAGCUCGGAAGCUGCUGAGCUCAAUCCCAAACGUUUAAAGGCCAGAAACCUAUUUAGCAGAGGCCUGUGAUGGCUGAUCCUUGGAAUUUCAAGAAAACGUAAUUCUCUUUUGCCUGCCUACCUCUGUCUUCCAUCACUAAACUGAAGUAUCGGAUGUUCCAUAUUGCUGUCAGUUCCUGGAUCUUUACCAUGAGGUCUAUUUUUCACUUUAUCCAAGCUUUCGUGUGCAAUUGAUAUCCUCAAAUUGGUUUGUAAUAUCAACAGUAAUUGUUUCAAAUCACUAUCUGUGUCUAACCAUAUUUUGACAUCUCUUAAGCAUAUGGUGACCUUACUAUGCCACUUUUAUUCUGGCAUUCUUGACACUGGAGGACUGUCCUGACAUAUGCUCCAAGGUUUUGGUGCCUUUCUAUAGCUUGUUGUGCAUCUGCUCGGGUACAGAUUGUACCUCGGUAAGAGUUAAUGGUGAUAUAGUUUCUUGCAAUUAAUCCAAAGGUUUGACAUUAUCUUCCCAGAAGUCUUUGAUCCUAUAUCUUUGGCAUGCCAUGUCUUCAAUUUCUGAUACUCGAGGCCUCUCCAAUUCCCUUAGAUAUUUUGCCAGUGCAGUAAUAAUUGGUGACACUCUUGAUUGUCCUUUCUUUGGAAUUUCUGUACAUCCCAGAGGAUUCCUAGUGAUUUCAACUUUUCCACUUGGUCUUUGUUCUGUUUGCCGAUCAUUUGGAAUGAAGCUCUGAUCACCAUCAUCAGAUUGUUACAAUGAUAUAAUUUUCUUUGCCUUUGCCAAAGGUAUUUGGGUAAGCACAGGCCUCCGUUUUAGUUCCUGGUGUAUUAGUGCAAUCCCCCAUCCACUGCCAUUCAAUAAAGUGGUAAUAAAUUAUUGAGACAAUGAGGGUCUUGAAGAUCUCAAUUGUUUUGUAGGGGCUUCAGUUUACCCUUACCAUUUCUUAAAUUUAAAGUACCAGUUCUAUUUGGUUUCUCCAUCUGAAAGGUCAAUCUAAUCUACAAUAUAUUUUUAAAUCUCCCCGUGCUUGAUGAUGCUUUAACGCUCCAAUUUGUCAAGAAGUUGUAUGUAAAGGUCUUACUGUUAUUAAUCAUAUGGAAACUUGGUUUUUCCUGACAUUAAUCUCACGGCCAGUACUACUGCAAAAGGUCUGGGAGAUUUUGAGGUUCUAGGCUAUUUCAAUGUAGGAGUCACUAAGGAUAACCAUUUCAUGUGAAAAGGUCAGAGUAUACAGCUAAUACUCUGGUUGCCUGACUUCAGCCACACUCCUUUUCCCCAUCUCAAGUGUACAGAUAAGAUGUUCUAUAGCAAUAGUAAAUAGGAUUGAUAAUGAGAUCCCAUUGCUUGACUCCUUGAAGAAAAUGGCAUUGGUACCAACCUCAACCACCGUUGGUGGCUACAUUCAAUAAUAUACCCAGAUAUCUAGAAAAGAACAACAGAUAACAUAAUAUUCUUUAUUCUUUGAAUAUGCAUGUUAUAUUACUGUCCUACUGCAGUUGUACAGUGCCCCAGUGAGACUGCACCUGGAGUAUUGUGUGCAAUUUUUGUCUUUUGAAGAAGGACAUUAUUGCUAUUGAGGGAGUGCAGCAUAAGUUCAUCAGGUUAAUUCCCUGGAUGACGGGACUGACAUGAUGAAAGAAUGGGUCAACUGGGCUUGUAUUCACUGGACUUUAGGAUGAGGGGAUCUUAUAGAAAUAUAUAAAAUUCUUAAAAGAUUGGACAGGCUAGAUGCAAAAAAAAAAUUCCCGAUGUUGGGGGGGGAGUCCAGAACCAGGGGUCACAGUUUAAGAAUAAAUGGUAGGCUAUUUAGGACUGAGAUGAGGAAAAAUGUUUUCAUUCAGAGAGUUAUGAAUCUCUGGAAUUCUCUGCUACAGAAGACAGUGGAGGACAAUUCACUGGAUGUUUCACGAGAUAGUUAGAUUUAGCUCUUUGGGCUAAAGGAAUCAAGGGAUAUGGGGGAAAAGCAGGCUUUAGAUGAUCGGCCAUUAUGAUAUUACAUGGCACUGCUGGCUCGAAUGGCCUACUCCUGCACCUAUUUUUCUGUGAAUUGUAAGAGAUUAGGAAAUUGUUUUCAUAAAUGAUAUGGUUGACCAAAUUCUUUGAUUUUUAUUUUUUUUAAUAUCUUGAGGAAAGGAUUUUUUUUAUUGGCUCUCUGAUUUAGAUUGUAAAAAAGUACAGUACAAGAACAGGCCAUUUGACCCACAAUGUCUAUGUCAAACAUGAUGCCAAGACCAACUCUUAUCUGCCUGCAUAUCAUUCAUAUUGCUCGCUGCAGAUCCAUAUGCCUAUCCAAAGUAUCUUAAAGUCCACUAAAUGCCACUAGCGUAAGCUUUUGUUCCAGCUUUCACUGAUGGCUUACUGAUAUUCUUUAUUGAUGGCUUUACUGAUGUCUGUUGGUUGGAACCAAAGUUCAUCUCCACAAUUGUCCUCUGACUACCUAAUUUAUGGCAUCUGAAUUUGGGAAUAACGUUGGCUGUAUCUGACUGAAGAGUAAACUUAGUUCCUAAUAUAGGUGGUGUUGCAUUCUUUCAAGAUGGUCUGUUUCACAAUUUUCUAUAAUGCAAAGUCAAGUCAACAGUGCAUGCAUUGAGACAAACAAAUUGGAAAAAAAAACAUUUUGUUUAUUUAUUCAUUUUGUUCAUAUAGAUUCUAUGAUGGCCAAUUUUAUUCCACAUCUCAAAAUUUUGUGAAUUAUGUAACGAUGAACUUCUGUUAUAUGAAUGGCCAUAAUACGGAGGUUAUGUGUAGAUGUGAAUAAUGCAACAUUGAAAUAAUAUUUGAAAUAAACAUUUAUAUUUAAACAUUGUAUAUGUUAAUUUUACUCCGUUUAUAAUCUAAAAUAUAUUGAUGUGAAUAUCUUUUAGGAAUAUUGUUCAUCGAGAUCCAAUGUGUAUUUUCUAUUAUUUAUGGUUUGAUAAUGUUUUUAAUCAAUAGCAAUAAUUACUAUUCAGCUUUUUUGUAAUGGAUCUGUAGAUUAAUUAGAAGCAACCAUGUCUGUUUUACAGCAUGUGCAAAAACAUUAAAUGCCAAUAUUGUAAAGAUAAAGCUAAUAUUUUGUUGCAAUAGUUUGAUCUUAAUUGCCUUUUAAAUCAUGGUUAUAUAUUAGUAUAGUUCAGGGGACCUGCACUGUUUUAUAUCUAUGCUCAUCCUGUUUGGAAAGUGGCAUCCAUUCUGUGUACUGUUUGUUAAAUCAUUGUGCCAAAUAGUUUGCAGAACAAUUUAUUAUUUUUUUAUUAGUCGUCUCUAGUUAAAAUUAAUUAUUAUUCCUCAAUUGUACUAGUUCUCAAUUUAGAGUUGAAAGCAAUUACAGCCAGCACAUAGAAUAUAAUUUGUUUCAUUUUGUCCUACAAGUUCAUGACAGUCGGGAUCAUUUACAAUGGUUAAACUGUUUGUUUUUUUUUUGUAUUACAGACUACAUUCUAUUAUUCCACCUCUUGCUGACAUAUACCAGUAGGAAUUAUAAAAUUAUAUAUUUUUUAUUGCAUAUGGAUUAUGAGGUUUUCUUUGCUGGAAAAUAUGGCAUACAGUUUCAGAAGAAUCACCUGCACAUGUAAGGCCAGGAUAAGGAUAAUUCUACGAGCUGUAGUGGGAAAGUUCUGUGAAGAUCAAGAUGGGUUUAGUUGUGAUUUUAUUAAAUAAUGGAAUCGUCUUAAUGACCUAUUUAUUGCACUCCUGUUUAUGUUGCUGUGUUUUGUAAUUGUAAUUAAUUUAUUUAUUAGCCAAGUAUAUAAAAACACACAAGGAAUUUGAUUUGCCAUACAGUCAUACCAAAACGGCAACAGGAUACACAACUACAUAAAAUUUAACAUAAACAUCCACCAAAGCGCACUGUGAUGGAAGGCAAUAACGUAUUAUCUUCUUCCCUCAUUUCCUCCUGCGGUCGGGGCAAUUGAUCCAUCCACAGUCGGGCCGAUCGAAGCUCCCGCAAUCAGGGUGGUCGAAGCUCCUGCGCUUGGAGCUCCCGGUCGAUCGCUAAGGAAGGGAUUGCGAGUUCCAUGAUGUUAAGCCCGCGGUUGGAGCUCCCGCAGUCAAUCCCUGACAAAGGGAUAGCAAGCUCCACGAUAUUAAGUCCGCAGGUUCCUGCAAUUGGAGCUCCCGAAGUCGGUCCCCAGCAAAGGGACUGCCAGCCCCACAAUGUUAGGUAGCAGUGCGGACGGAGAUACGAUACGGAAAAAGUUGCAUCGCCGUCAAGGAAAGAGAUUAAAUAAAGUUUCCCCUUCCACCCCCCACAUAAUAUAAAACUAAAGAUACACUAAAACAUACGUUUAACAACAGACUAAAAACAACAAAAGAAGAGCAGAACAAGACAGACUGUUGGCGAGGCUGCUUCAUCCUAGCUUUGAGGAUGUGUUCAUUUUGAGUUUUGAGAAAGAACUUUUGCCCACAUUCUGGUGCAUUUCCAUACAGGAAUGCUAAAGCUCUGAUAAUGUGGCUCCUGCAGAGCUUUUACGGUACCAAAAUAGUAGACUUUUCUAGUUACAUGGAUAUUAUUCCUAUCAGUAUUUCAACCCACUUUUAAUUCACUGAUUUAAUUGUUAUACAGAAGUGUAAAAUUUUUUAGUGAACAAAGUCAGUUUAGAGACAGAGAGAAACAAAAUCCCAAGGGUUUGCAAAGUGAGCAUGGGAAUGUGAUCCCUGUGAGUCCGGAGUCUAGUCAGCAGGAUUUCCAAAUAGAUUAAUUUUUGAAGUUUUACUCUAUUUGGAAAGUUGGAAAGUGCACUUUUAUUAAUUAGCUACAUUUGCAGCAGUAAUUGUGCAUAAUAUGAAUGGACUGCACAAUUCGUUAUGUAUGUGGUCGUCAAAAUAAAAAAAUAAACAAGGUUGCCUCCGCCACUUGCCUGACUGAUUUUGCAGAUUACUUAAAUGCAUAAUUCUGACAUGACUUCAAUUAAAGCAUUACCUGACUGGUAUUUUAAAUUGGAGAGGAUGAAUGCAUGUGAAAUGAAGGAAGAGAAUUGAAGGGUAUACAUAUUUAUUUGAUUCCAUAAAUUU